UACAGAGUGGCCUAUAUCAUGUUAAUGUUGGCUUGGCCCCCUCUUCUGUUUGUUUGCUGUUGUUCUCUUCUCAUGCCUCCCACUGAUUGAUUGCACUCAAAUUUCCUACUUCUCUCCUCCUCUUUCUUUCUCAUUCUCAGUCUCAUUCUCAUGUGUUACUUUGUGAACUCCAAGCUCACAAAGUACUCUCUCCUCUGAGGCUCUUCUUGUAUGCAUCUGCACAUUCUCUCUCUUUCUCCUCAUGUCUGCACUUAUAAUAUCUCACAUCUCAUCAGACAUUCUGCAUUUUUUAAUUUUGCGUCACUUAGGUUUUGCUUUCAUAUGAGAAAAGUUGAUGAGAUGACCAUUCCCCACUUGUUCAGAUGCCCAAUUAGCCUGGACUUGUUCAAAGAUCCAGUCACUCUAUGCACAGGUCAAACUUACGACAGGCCAAGCAUAGAAAAAUGGCUGGCUGCAGGCAAUCUCACAUGUCCAGUCACAAUGCAGAAACUUGAUGAUCCAGCCCUUGUGCCUAAUCACACUCUUCGCCAUUUCAUCAAUCAGUGGCUGCAAAUGGGCAACCAAUUUGAUCCUGAUUACUUGGAAACAAUUAGUUCUUUAGCUUCACUCAAACACACCCUUGAAUCCCAUGAGGUUACCUUAAAAAGCAAGGUUCAAGCACUCGAAAAGAUUCGAGCUUUGUCCCAAUCAGAAUCACCCUACACAAGUCAUUUGUUCCUGCAGUUGGGAUUCUUGCCUCUACUUCUAGAACUUGUGUUUGGAGGAGAAGAAGCCAAACACAAACAGAAACUGAAACAGGAACUCCCUCAAGAGUGCUACUAUAUAAAGUUUGUGGAGGAUGCACUUUCUUGCACUCUAAUUCUGCUACCUCACGGCAAAUUGGAGUCACUGAAUAUGCUCGGAGAAGAGAGCAAAUUAGCAUCCUUCCAAGCUUUAUUUGCUCACGGCACUGCCUUGAUCAGGAUGAGUUUGUGCCGUCUCAUAGAGGUAACAUCAACAUCCCCGGAGACAAAAGAACUCUGUUAUAUGUUUGGAAAGAACCAUCAGCUCUUGCAUCGGAUAUCGGUUCAGUUGCUUCAACAGAAUUCAAAUUCAGAGGCUGCAGAUGCUGGAAUCAAAGCCAUAUCAGCAUUAUCUUCCUUGGAAGAAAACAGAGAGAUUCUGGUCAGACAGGGCGUGGUAAACGGACUCAUAACAUAUAUUAAUUCAAGCACAGAAAGACGCGAAAGAAGCUUGGCACCAUUGGCAAUGGCCACACUUGAGAAGCUUCUAGGAUUACAGAGUGCAAAAGAGGCAGUGAUUAAUUAUAACAAUAACAAUAAUAAUAAUAAUAAUUUGAAUGGCGUUCAUGCUCUUGUAAAGAUGGUUUUCAGGGUUUCGGAUGAUCACCAAGGCAGUGAGAGUGCCGUUGGGUGUCUAAUAAUUCUAUGCAAUGACUCUUUAUUGGCGCGAGAAGAAGCCAUCAGUGGUGGAGUGUUGACUCAGUUGCUGUUGCUGCUGCAGAGCCAGUGCAGCGGCCGGACCAAAACAAAGGCAAGAAUGCUGCUCAAGCUCCUCAGAAGAACCAACUAGUCGUCUCAGUCAUCAAAAGCUUCUGUGUAGGCUUAGUUUCUAAAGUUUUUGAGUAAUUAAUUAAUGUCUAUACAAGUCCUAUCUGGUUUCUAAGGGCUUCUGUGUAUAUUUGGUCUCCAUGUGGAGACAGACAUCAAACUAUCAGUAUGCCUGUAGUUCAUGACUCAUUGAAAAUCCAGGCCAACAAAUAAUUGCUAAACAAGAUAACUUUACAAA